UCGUUGUUUGUGGUGUGUAUUUGAGAUUUAAGUGAUUGUUCUGUGUUUGUUACAUUGGAAAUGGAUCAGCCAUGACGCACCCAAAUUUUCAAACUAACGGAGCCAGUUUAGAAGAUUGCCACACGAAUUUCUUCGCUCUGACUGAACUUUCCGGCAUCAAAUGGCGUAAGCUAGUCUGGUGCGAGGGUUCGAGCGGAGGCCCUCCGGGGCCCCACGGGCCCUCCGAGCCUCUGGACGACCCUGUGUUACGCAGCUACGCUCGCUGCCUGGCGGCCGACAUCCUGUGUGUGUGGCGGCGCGUCUCGACGCCCCGGCAGACGGACGUCUUCGAACUGGGCCCCCCGCCCCCGUCGCAGCCGCCGCCGCUGAACCUGUCCGCUUCCAAGGAACUGUGGAUCUUCUGGUACGGCGAGGAACCGGAUCUAAACGAGCUGGUGGCGCCAGAACUGAACGUAUCAGAUGGCGAGCAGGGAUCGUGGGAGAGCGGUCUCAGCUACAAGUGCAGAUCUCUGCUGUUCAAGGCCCUGCACAACCUGAUCGAGCGGUGUCUGCUGUCGCGCGACUUCAUCAGGCUCGGCAAGUGGUUCGUGCAACCGUACACCGGACCGAAGAAGCCGACGACGCAGCAGGCGAACGGGACUUUCGACGAAGAGGCGGCCUCCAUGCCCACCGCCAACGCCUCCAACCACCUCUCCUUCUCGUUCGCGUUCUUCGUACACGGCGAGAGCACGGUGUGCGCGAGCGUAGACGUCAGGCAGCAUCCGCCAGUCAGGCGGCUGACGCGCGCGCACAUCCACCAGGCGCAGGCUUCGAAUGGCACCAAAGUGAUAUUGGCCCCUUUUGGUCUCUGCGGCACCCUGAUGGGCCCCAGCUUCAAGUCGGCAGAUUCGUCUGCCCGUCUCCUGGACGAGUGGAGUCAAUUCUAUCCGGUCGACAGGUCGCUGGGACUGUCGGAAAGUAGCGUCGUCGAGGUCGUGGUGGGCGGGGUCAAGAUGCGCUAUCCGUCAUGUUACGUCCUGGUAACCGACAUCGACGACGCACCUCAGACCACGCCCGAGACUCCGCCCCCUCACGUACCCACACCCACGCCCGGCACCGACAGCAACAAGAACGAAACAAAUACCCCCAUUCUGGUACCUACCCCUCCACCUUCUCCGGUACCCAUCAACAGCAAGGUACCGCAACCGGGGCCCUAUCAAGUGUCGACAGAACACAUGAACUCGAUGUGUCGCGAGGCGACGGCAGCUAGCAUCCUCACGGAACGGACGUGGCAGGAAUGCGUGCUCGGGGGCCCUCCGGGGGCCAACGGCCCCGCCGGCCCUUCGAGCGAGUUCAACGGCAACUGGGACCUGUUGGAUCCGACCAAGAGGGUCGGUUGCGCCUGCUCCAAGUGUCCGCCAGCCUUCAGCCAACAGGAGGGAGGACCCCUAUCGUACCCCCGCACCCAGGAGUCGAUGGCGGUACCGUCGGUGGGCAGUCCGCCGUCGGUGGCGCCCUCUCCCCUGCCCAACCCGCACUCCCAACAGCCGGCGUCCGUGCCGCCGGGCGAACCCCUGCUGCCCACCCUGUCGCCCCAUCCGACCAAUCCGUCGCCCUUCACCAAGUCCUACACGCCGCCCGAGCAGCCGGCAAAGACGCCGGCGGGCGGCGCGAGCGAGGCCAACAGUCCGCAGGUGCCGCCGCCUAGCGUUCCCGAGGUGAAGACGGAAGCUCUGCAGGGCGGCGGUCAGUCGGUCGGGGGCGGCGGUGGCGGACUCUUGAAGCGACCCCUGCUGACCAGCAAGGACUACGAGGCGGAACUGGGCGAGGAGGAGCAGAGUCUCGAGAUGCUCUACGACUAUUCGACGAUGAACGCCUGGCUGAACCAUCCGGUCAAGAGGUACAAACCCAGUUCCAAAGAAAACCUGAGAAAUUCGAACAAAAACGACAUCUACUCGAUGUACACACACAACGGGAUGUCGAACGCGAGCUACGACAUGGCCAAUAACGUAAACGUCAAGACGCAACCUUACGUGAAACAGGAAUUGAACCAGGAACAGAGAUGCUCCGGCGAGGGCGACGCCUCGAUGGUACCGGGCAUGUCGCACGGCAUCAAGAGGCCGGGGGACCCUUACGAGUUCGACGAAGAGGGAGGCGGUUCCUCCUGCAACAUGGACGGAUUCAAGAGGGGCGGCCCCGGCAGCAACAUAAAGGAGGAACCCAAAGACGCGAAGAAGACUAACCUGUUCACCAGCGAGGGCCUCCAGCCCUCGUACAAAGAUCUCGACCAAAUAUUCGACAAUUCCGACGACACGAGCAGCGACGAAGCGAUGCAGAUACAGACGCCGCCGGGGUCGACCUUUUCGGGCGGCCACGAGGACUCGAAACGUUUCUCCGGCGGGCACAGCUCGACGAGCAGCGGCGGAUGUCCGACGAUAGGCAUCCUCAGACCGGAGGAACUGAGCAAGAUGUUCCCGACGCCGCCGAGCCUGGAACACAACCCGAUGCCGUCUCCGUGCGGUCUGAUCGACACCCAGACGCCCGAUUUUACGGAUCUCACGCAGGGCGUCGUCAGGAUAAAGCAGGAGAUCUACCCGAACAUGGGCAGUCCUCCCGAGGAGCAUAUAGAAGACUGGAGUUAUGUGUUCAAACCGCCGGUUAUGUGUAAGAUUGUCGGAUCGAGCAAGUACGCCCCUUUGACCAAUUUACCAAGCCAAGGAUUACCUGUGAUGCAACUACCACCGCAUUGUGUUUAUAAGCCGUCGUGGUUACAGAUGGCGGAGAAACAGGCGCAGGCGCAGCAGCAACAGCAGACGCAGACGCCCGCCGCCCAAACGACAGCGACGCCCGCGCAGCAACAGACGUCGUCGAAUCACCACCAAACCAACGCAGUACCUAUGGCCAACCCGUUGACGCCGGUGGCUACACCCAACCCUACCAUAGUACCGGGCGGGACCGGCACCCCUCACCAUCAGCCAAGCGGGAUCAACCCGUUUUCUCCCGCCGGGUUCCGACCGCCGCCGCCUCCCUACGAACUGCCCAGUCCGGCGACGUCGAACGCGAGUUCCUACCUGAACAAGAACUUGAAUUCCGUGGAAGCUGUCCAAACGCCUUCAGUUCAGAGGGCGCCCGAAGCGAGCGCCCUCUUGUUAAACAUUCUGCUCACCGACACUGCCUUCAACAUAUUCAGGGACCACAACUUCGAGAGUUGCACGCUGUGCGUCUGCAACGGCACCGGAAACAUCAGGGGUUCGGACGCCGCCGUCUACUUGAUGAACGGCGACGGACCGCCGCACCACGGACCCUACCACGGUUCGCACCACCUGAACAACGGCCUGCACAAUCCGGACAGUCCUUACCCUGGGGCGAUGAUGGGUCAACCGCCCCCCUACGGCAUGAUGUCGCCCAAUCACCACGGACAGGGCCACUCGGUCGACGAUUCCAUCAGGUGCAGCUGCGGCUUCUCGGCCGUGGUCAACAGGAGGCUCGCCUACGGCAGCGGUCUGUUCUACGAGGACGAGAAGGAGAUCACCGGUUUAUCUAGAGAACCCGGCUCUAUGAUAAGGGUUGUUCCAGGUAUAGCCGACGACCCGGCCGAGAGAAAGAAGACGUCCCUAUCUUCGUACCUGGUCUCGACCAAUUCGCUGAAGACGGACGCGAACGUGGACCGCGAUCAGAUCGACGGCCUGCCGCACUACCUGCUCGAGCUGAUCAGGGAUCAGUGCGGCGUGAUACCGAACAACGUGAACGCCCUCUGCAGGGCGGCCGAUUUCAUCAAGACGCAGAGGGGCGUGUUCUCGAACACGGUCAACGUGCUCGAGUACUCGGACAGCAACGAGGUCACCGCGGUGGCCCUGGAUCAGAGCAGGCAGGCGUCCGCGGACGCCCUGGGUUCGUGCAAGAUGGAGGAGGCGGGACAGAGGCAUAAUAACCAACGGUCCAACAAGAUGGCCGUGCACAAGUGGCCGUUCCUUAGAGCUUGCGGCCCGCAAUGCAACCAGGACAUAGUGAGGGUGAUGAAGGGUCUGAGGCCUCUCCUUCAGGACGCCAUCCAGAAGAAGUGUCAGACCAGGCUGUGGGAGGCUCCUUCCGCCGUCAAGGGUCCCCUCACGUGGAGACAAUUCCAUCGACUCGCCGGAAGAGGCACCGACGAUCGCUGCGAGCCCCAACCCAUCCCCUCCCUGGUGGUCGGACACGAGAAGGACUGGCUGAGCCUGUCGCCUUACGCCCUGCAUCACUGGGAGACGCUGCUGCUCGAGCCGUAUUCCUAUUCGAGGGACGUGGCCUACAUAGUGGUGGCGCCCGAUAACGAUUCGAUACUGCCGAGGGUCAGGUGGUUCUUCAAGGAACUGAGCACCGCGUACGAGAUGUGCAAGUUGGGCAGGCACAGUCCGAUCACGAAGGUGCUGAGGGACGGCAUCCUGAGGGUCGGGAAGACGGCCAAGGCGAAGAUCGGCAACGAGGCCGUCGAGGAAUGGUUCACGAUGCUGGGAGAGAGCGAGACUACCGACAUGCUCAAGUUGUACGCUCAGGUGUGCAAGCACCAUCUGGCGCCUCAUCUGCAACAGGUGCCGAUGGACAAGACGCUGCUGGAUCCGCCGCCGGAACCGGGCGACAAACCGGCGCCCAGUCCCAUGCCGCCGCCGAGCACGCCCGACGGAAACAGUCAACAUUCGGCGCCGCCCGAGAAGGCGCCCGCCACGCCCAAGAGUCCAGCCGAUCUGGACGGGACGAAAGAACAAUCGGCGUCGGCCACGGCCGCGUCUGCGGUCGACCUGAGCCACGACGAGGAGGAGCGGGAGGUUCCCUGCGUGGUCAUAUAUCUGGUGGAACCUUUCUCGAUGGGUUCGGACCAACCGGAGCUGCAGCGACUGGCCUGUCUGGCCUUGUUGAGGUGCUUUCAGUCCGUCCUCGCCGCCGUUCCCGACAACAUCAGGAACAACAUCAACGUACAGAUCAUUUCGCUGGAGAGCAUAGUGGAGUUGGGCAGGUCGAGAGAUCGAACGAAGCACAGCGACCACAUGAGGGCGCUAUCGUUGAACAUCUUCUCGCAGUGUCGCAGACUCCUGAUCCACACCAAUAACGUGAAAUCGCUGACCGGCUUCGGUACCGCGGCGCAGGCCGACGUCUUCCUCAAGAGCAAAGACGAAAAGAACAGGGCGCCCUACAAGAUGUACACGCCGCCCUACAUCCUGGCGCCGAUGAGGGAGAAGGUAGAAGCGGUGGAGUCGUUCGGCAAGGGUACCGGAGACCAGGCCUCGGUGCUCUAUCUGAGCUACUGCCUUUCGGAAGAUCAGAGUUGGCUGUUGGCCGUGGCCACGGAUGAGAGGGGAGAGAUCUUGGAGAACAUAACCAUCAAUAUCGAUAUACCGAAUAGAAGUCGCAGAAAAAAGGCGUCCGCCCGCCGCAUCGGUCUGGAGAAACUGAUGAACUUCAUAAUCGGCGUCUUGUCGCAAAGCGCCCGGCCCUGGAGGCUGGUGGUCGGUCGACUGGGCAGGAUCGGACACGGGGAGCUGAAGGGAUGGAGUUGGUUGCUUAGCAAGAAGAACCUCCUGAAGGCGUCGCAACAUCUCAAAGAGCUGUGCACCCAGUGCUCACUCAUGUAUCCGUCGUCCGUGCCCUGCAUUCUGAGCGCGUGCCUUGUCAGCCUGGAACCGGACACCACCUUGAGAUUGAUGCCCGACGAGUUCACGCCAGACGAGCGCUUCAGCCAGGUGAGCGUCAAUUCGCAAUUGUCAACGCCGCAAGACGUGUCUUGCACGCACAUACUGGUAUUUCCCACCAGCGCUACCACGCAGUCUUCGCAGACCGCCUUCCAGGAGCAGCACAUAACGCCCGAGCUCGGCGACGAGGAGAUCUUCAUCGCCCUGAACGACGACAUGCCGGAGUGCAUAGAUGGAAUGAACGAUUUCAGCGACAUCUUCAACUGGACCGACUCGGGGGCCGGCGGGGGACAGAGCCCUAACGGGAGCCCGAGACGCGAGGAAUCCGGACCCGGCAGUCCCGGAGGUUGCGGCAACAACAUGGGUCGUCAGGGCAGCCCUUACCAAUCGGGCAACAACAAGAUGGGCGAUCCCGAUCAGACCGAAGAGGUGGGCACGCUGCUCCAGCAACCGCUGGCGCUCGGCUAUCUGGUCUCGACGGCGCCAACCGGCAAGAUGCCGAAAUGGUUCUGGUCGCAGUGUCCGCAUCUGGAGGGCGUCUGUCCCGCCUUCCUGAAGAACGCCCUGCACCUGCACAGUCCCAACGUGCAGCAAAGUUCCGACGAUCUCUUCCAACAGUCUGCCGUUACUUCCCAUCCUCUGGAUUCCACUUAUACCACCGAUGUCUUAAGAUAUGUUUUAGAAGGUUACAACGCCCUCUCUUGGCUAGCCUUGGAUUCCAACACAAAGGACAGGCUGUCCUGCCUGCCUGUCCACAUGCAGGUUCUCGUUCAGCUCUACCACACCACCGCGGCACUUAUCUGAAUCGACCGCUGAACCCUAAACUUUCCGAAUUCACCUAUCGAGAAUCGGAAUUUAAAAAAGAGUAUGAAAAAGAAAAAAAACUCGUGUCCUAUUUUCGAUUUUAAAUGUUACCAAAAUUACAUUGAAUUUUAACCUUCAUCCGAUGGGAUUCCAAAAAAAGUUUUAAUUUAUUUUCAUCACGGCCUAUACUACCUUCCAUUUCGAACGAAUUAAUACUCAAAGCUAUGAGAUAGAUUUCGAUUUGAAUCUAUAUAUUUUUUUAAAACGUGUAAAUAUUGCGUGAACUGUAUAUUACCUUUUAAUUUAUAGAGCUGAAUCGUUGUUUUUAAUUCCUGUACAAACUAUUGUGAUAUUUAGACUUUAUUUUCUCCUGACCUUUUAAACCCUAGAUUUUAAUGCCAAAAACGAUUUGUACUGCAAUAUUUAAGUGAAAGAAAGGGUUCAGUGGACUUACCAAGGAGAGUGCACGGUGUUCGUAUUUAUUUCACUCAUUUAAUUAUUUUUUCAACAAAUACAAAUGUUAUCGUUUGUUUGUUAUAAUUUUAUUGGUUGUUAUGAUCUGUAACAUAUUGUAUUUAGAACAAAAAUAUUUAUUUAUCCUUUUUUUUUUUAAUUGUACAACUUUUUUUGUACUUGUCAUUGGAAAUAUCAAAAGACAUGAAUUGUUUCCGAAUUAUGCUUUGAUAUUUUCGAAUGUAUCGACCUGAUUGUGAAUCGAAGAUGGAAUUUUUUGAAGAAGUUUUUGAGAUGUUUCCGAAAAGGGCCACAAGGACGUUGAAACAUAUCUUGAGGGAGCUCACACAUCCGAGAAAUUCUAAACGACACUAAAGAAGCUGUACAUUUUCUAGCUGAUGGUUUUUUGUCAAAGAUGUUUUUAGUGUUUGUACAUACAACAGUAAAGUGAACUAUGUUUAGGUAAUAUUAAUCAAAAAAGAAGCAUUUUAAGGUUGAGAAUUCUGUAAACCUUCAGUAUUUGACUUCAUCGUAUCGAUCUCUCUGUAAAUGUAAAUUCGAAAAAAAUUGCUGGGGCCAAUUUGAAGCUAACGCAGCCUCAGACUUUAAUUGCAGAUCUUUAGAACAAGAAAAAUCCCCUGUUUUCUUUGUUUCAACUGUUGCUACAUAAUGUGCAUUUGAACUACUUGAAUAGAAUUGAAAAUUGCAACUAUACUGUAGUUCUGGCGUUAAUUCUUGGGAAUCUGUGAUUUUUACUCUGUUUACCAUUUAUUUGAUGUAAGUAUUGAGCUCUGUCCAUGUCCAACCUAGUUUAACAGUAUUCAAUUUCUAUCCCAAUUAAUUUCAUUCGUGUUUGUGAAAGAAAAAAGUAGAUAAUGAAUAAAUUUGAAAUUUUGGAAAUCGACGCAACCCACACGAAGAAUGAACAUAUAUAAAAUAUAUUUUUAUUAUUUAACAUAUAGGAAUGUUGAUUCUUGUUCAAAAUGAAAAAUGUACCAUUUUUCUUGUGUAUAUAAAACUUAGGAGUACUUGUUGUAUAAAUAUGUCAAUUUUAGGGAAUUGGGAAAUAGUUAAAUGAAUUUGUACAUAUUUUAAUGAUAUUAGCUGAAUUAGUGAAUAUACAUGAAAUGUUAAUAACUUUAUAAAUAAUUAUAUACAGAUAAUUAGGCAUUACUAAUAAACCUCUUCAUGAGUAAA